AAAGAAAGAAAGAAAAAAAAAAAAAACUGAAUUUUUUCGAGGCGCGGUUAUGUGUGUGCCCUCAACCCCAGCACCCGCCUGGGCGACGAAAACGACCGACAGCGACCUCUCGACGCCGUUCCAUCGCCGCCGCCGGUCCCCACGCUCGCCACCUGCUGCCCGUGAACCCUAAUAUUCUCAUACUUUGUCCUCGAUAUAACGGCAACUCGCACAUUACCGCUUACGGUCCCGAUCAAUGAGAAUCUAGUGGGGAGUUCGGAGAAUAAAUAUCGACGAAUCGGAGUUUGAGCCUCUUGCCAUGGAGUCGUUGAUGGAGCUCUGCGAUCUAAUCGCUCAAAAUCCGGCUCAAUUUCCCGAGAAAUUCGCGUGGAUUCGCAGCCGCUGCCCGCCGGCGGAGUCGCUGCUCGGUGGAUCGCCGGCGGUCUCGAGAUCGCAGCUCCACGCCGUGCUGGCGGUUGCUAGAUUCCUCUCGAAGUGCCCGAAUUCUGACCAGGAGUCCACCAAAUUGCUUACCCUCGCGUUCUACCGGUCGAUUCCAUUGUCCUUCGAUAUCAAGUUCUGGCCGCAGGCGUUUCCGGUGGAAGCAGUUUCUUCUUUCUUCCACGAUUUUCUCAAUUACAUCUCGAAAGCGUCUGAGCUGUCGCCGGAUUUUGCUGUGGAUGUGGCGGGUCUCACAGGGGAACUUGUGAUGCAGACGAUAAGCAAUGCUGGCUCGGGCGUUUCUAGGGUUUUCCUGCACGCGCUGUGCUCGAAUUUCCCUCCAAUUCUGCCUUCUGAUGCAAACAAGUUGAUUGCAGUUCUUCUGGAUCGGUUUGAUGUUGUGGUCCCAUGCUCCCCAAGAGAGUUAAUCUCGUCGACUCCCGAUACAGUUUCCGCUCAGAGCUCUCCCUUCAGUGCGAACCACUUUCAGUCUCCUGGUGCUGAGGCCAGCAUUGUCUCAGCAGACUCAUUCAAUAGCAUGGCUUCAAAGGAUGAUGCAUCAUCAUCAAGAGGGGUUGUGGUGAAUGGUGCCGGUAGCAUUGCCUGGAAAAUCAACGGGGAUACAUUUGGGGUUGGUCUUGCAUCCAAUGAUGGCGAGGGUGGUGGUGGGGCCGGUAGCUUGGGUUAUAAGAAGACAGUGGCGUUAUUUGAGGAAGAGUCCAUUGAGAGUCUUGAGAAACAAGAAACUGUUUUUAAGCUAAUAGCUCAUAUGUUCAGUAAGGUGGCUAUUGAUCAACAGCUCAUGGAGCAGGUGCGAGGAAUAGCCAAGGAUCAACUCCACUCUAUGCUCGUUUUCUUGAAGAUAAGGAAGCGCGAUUGGUCGGAGCAAGGACAACUGCUGAAAGUUAGGAUCAACAAAAAACUUUCUGUUUACCAAGCUGCUGCUAGGAUGCAGAUUAAGACCCUCGCCUCUCUUGACACGGAGGGUAAGUCAUCAAAGAGAUUGUUGCAUGGAGCUCUUGCAUUGUUGAUAGAGGCUGCGGAGGCAUGCUUGUUCUCCGUGUGGCGCAAAGUGAGAGCCUGUGAGGAGCUAUUUGGCUGUUUGCUUUCUGGAAUUUCUCAAGCUGCCAUCACCCGUGGUGGUCAGCUCCUCCGAGUUCUGCUCAUUCGUUUUAAACCCCUAGUGCUGGCUACUUGUGCUCAGGCAGAGACUUCUUCCAGCAGCCCGGGCUCCAUGUUCGAAAGUGUUUUGAAAACAUGCUGUGAGAUAAUUGAGUUUGGAUGGGCUAGGGACCGGUCUCCUGUAGACACAUUUAUCAUGGGAUUGGCUACUAGUAUACGAGAAAGAAAUGAUUACGAGGAAGAGGAUGGGAAAGAGAAACCUGCAACUCCACAUAUUCAGUUGAAUGUAAUACGUUUGUUAGCUGAGUUGAACAUUUGUGUGAAGAAGCCUGAAAUUGUUGAUAUGAUAUUACCACUAUUUAUUGAGAGUUUAGAAGAGGGUGAUGCUUCAACUCCAUGCUUAUUGAGACUCCGACUUCUUGAUGCUGUUUCUCGCAUGGCGAGUUUAGGUUUCGAGAAGUCUUACCGAGAAGCUGUGGUUUUGAUGACUCGGAGCUACUUGGGUAAGCUCUCUACGGUUGGCUCUGCUGAAAGUAAAACCCAAGUACCUGAAGCCACAACUGAACGUAUUGAGACCUUGCCUGCAGGAUUUGUAUCGAUUGCAAGCGGUAUUACCUGUAAUAAAUUGCGUUCGGAUUACCGUCACCGGUUGUUGUCUCUGUGCUCAGAUGUGGGCUUGGCUGCAGAAUCAAAAAGUGGAAGGAGUGGGGCAGAUUUUCUUGGACCUCUUUUGCCUGCUGUUGCUGAAAUAUGUUCAGAUUUUGAGCCCGGGUUAAAUGUGGAACCUUCACUCUUGAAGCUAUUCCGGAAUUUGUGGUUCUACAUUGCUCUCUUUGGGUUAGCACCUCCCAUACAGAAAACCCAGACUACGACAAAAUCAGUUUCAACAGCGCUUAGUAGUGUUGGCAGCAUGGAAGAGUUUUUAGAUCCUCUUUCUGUUGGUGCUCCGCUGAGGAUGUUCUGUGGUACAAUCCAAAUCCGCAAAUGGCUGUGUCAUGGGGCAUUUUCUGUAAAUGCAGACCAGAAACAAAACCUGUCACGGAAAAUUGGAGGGUUUACUUUCAAAUAUGCGCAGUAUUUUUCUUUUACAGGACCAUUGCAUCAGGUUGUGAGCUCUGUCAAAUGGCUUGAAGAUGAGUUGGAGCUUAAUGCUCUUCACAACCCAGGUAGUCGGCGUGGGAGUGGAAAUGAGAAAGCUGCUGUGACUCAAAGAACUGCUCUCUCUGCUGCUGUGGGAGGGCGAGUGGAGGUUUCUGCAAUGAGUACAAUUUCAGGUGUGAAAGCAACCUAUCUUUUAGCUGUAGCAUUUCUGGAGAUAAUUCGAUUUAGCAGCAAUGGUGGUAUUCUUAAUGGAGGCCCAGAAUUAACUGCUUCUCGGAGUGCUUUCAGCUGUGUUUUUGAAUACCUAAGAAGUCCUAAUCUCAUGUCAGCUGUCUCCCAGUGUUUGACUGCCAUUGUCUAUCGAGCAUUUGAAACUGCGACAACUUGGCUGGAGGACCGGGCGUCUGAUACUGGGCCAGAGGCUGAGGUUAGAGAGUCUACUCUCUCUAUCCAUGCUUGUUUCCUCAUAAAAAACUUGUCCCAGAGGGACGAGCAUGUGCGAGAUAUAUCAGUUAGUUUGCUGACUCAACUUAGAGAUAAAUUUCCUCAGAUUUUAUGGAAUUCAUCUUGUCUCGAUUCCCUGCUACUGUCAAUGCAUAAUGAUCCACCAUCUGUUGUAGUCAGUGAUCCUGCUUAUAUUGCCAAUGUCCGCUCUUUAUAUCAAAAGAUUGUUCGGGAAUGGAUAGUUGUAUCACUCUCACAUGCUCCAUGUACUAGUCAGGGCCUCCUUCAGGAGAUAUGGAAUGCUUUAGUAGUUGAGUUCUUGCUUUUCUUCUACACAAUCACAAUUGGCUGUAUUCUGUUUUAUCAUGAAAACCUCUGCAAAGCUAAUACAUGGCAGCGAACACAGCCUACAGCCGAUGUGGUUUCUCUCUUAUCUGAGAUAAGGAUUGGUACAGGUAAAAAUGAUUGUUGGACUGGUACCAAAACUGCAAAUAUCCCUGCAGUCAUGGCUGCUGCUGCUGCAGCAUCGGGUGGAAACUUGAAAUUGACUGAUGCAUUCAAUUUGGAGGUUCUUGGUACUGGAAUGGUUAGUGCUACUGCAAAGUGUAACCAUGCUGGCGAAAUUGCGGGCAUGAGAAGGUUGUACGAGAGCAUUGGUGGCCUUAGUCAAUCUACCGAUGGUCUCAAUCUUGACUUUCCAGCCUUGGGGUCUUCUCCCAAAUCACAACCUAAAAAUGAAUCCUUCAACGAGGUAUUAAUUUCCAAGUUCGUAAAGCUGCUUCAGAAGUUUGUUAUUACUGCAGAGAAAGGAGAGGAAGUAGAUAAAUCAUCUUUUCGUGAAACUUGUUCUCAAGCUACUGCAUUGCUUCUUUCUAAUCUGGAUUCAGAAAUAAAAUCAAACCCUGAGAGCUUCUCACAACUUCUACGUCUUCUUUGCUGGUGUCCAGCUUAUAUAUCCACAUCUGAUGCUGUGGAGACCGGCGUGUAUAUCUGGGCAUGGUUGGUUUCUGCUGCUCCUCAGUUGGGAUCUCUUGUCCUUGCUGAACUAGUAGAUGCAUGGUUGUGGACAAUAGACACAAAGCGGGGCCUUUUUGCAUCUGAUGUAAGAUGCUCCGGACCAUCUGCAAAGUUGAGGCCUCAUCUUGCUCCUGGAGAGCCUGAGCUGCAUCCCGAUAAGGAUCCUGUUGAACAAAUAAUGGCUCAUAGGCUAUGGAUUGGAUUUUUAAUAGAUAGAUUUGAAGAGCAGCGAUCUUGCUCACUAUUCCUUCGUAACCGCAAAGUAGUAUAUGUUCAUCCAUUUGAUUCUGUAAGCGCUUCAUUUCAGGUCGUUCGGCACGAUAGUGUUGAACAGCUUUUGCUCCUUGGUCGAAUGUUACAAGGAACGACAAAACUCCCUUGGAAUUUUACACGACACCCAGCUGCUACAGGAACUUUCUUCACCCUUAUGCUUUUUGGCCUGAAAUUUUGUUCAUGUCAAACACAGGGUAACCUUCAGAACUUCAGAUUAGGGCUUCAGUUGCUAGAAGAUAGAAUAUACAGGUCAUCCUUGGGUUGGUUUGCUCAUGAACCGGAGUGGUUUGACCUAAAUAACAAUAAUUUUGCUCAAAGUGAAGCUCAGUCGGUUUCAUUAUUUGUCCAACACCUUUUAAAUGAGCGGGUAGAAACAGCUAACAUUGAUCAGAAAGCAGGAGGGGCCGAAAAUGGUGGCUCUCUACCAGAUAUGAAGGAUCAAUAUCAUCCAGUCUGGGGUCAGAUGGAGAAUUAUGCUGUUGGGCGCGAUAAGCGGAGGCAGUUACUGCUGAUGCUGUGCCAGCAUGAGGCAGACAGACUUGAGGUUUGGGCUCAACCAGUUGGAUCAAAGGAAAAUGCUACUAAGCUCAAAAUUAGCUCUGAUAAAUGGAUAGAAUUUGCUCGGACUGCCUUUUCGGUUGAUCCUCGAAUUGCUUUAUCAUUGGCUGCAAGAUUUCGGGCAAAUGCUUCUCUCAAGAGUGAAAUCACUCAACUAGUUCAAUCACAUAUAUUGGAGAUUCGCAGCAUUGCUGAAGCGUUGGCUUAUUUUGUCACCCCAAAAGCGGUGGAUGAGAAUUCAAUACUCUUGCAACAAUUGCCACACUGGGCAGCUUGUUCAAUUACACAAGCUUUGGAAUUUCUUACUCCAGCUUAUAAAGGUCACCCACGAGUGAUGGCUUAUGUUCUCAGGGUAUUGGAGACGUAUCCACCUGAAAGAGUGACGUUCUUCAUGCCUCAGCUAGUACAAGCACUAAGAUAUGAUGAAGGGAGGUUGGUUGAGGGUUACUUGCUUAGAGCUGCACAAAGGAGUGAUAUGUUUGCCCACAUAUUGAUAUGGCAUUUGCAGGGUGAGACUUGUGUUCCUGAGUCGGAGAAAGACGCCCCAUCUGCCACGAGUAGCUCGUUUCAAGAACUAUUGCCGGUUGUCAGACAACGAAUUAUCGAUGGUUUCAGUCCUAAAGCACUUGACAUUUUUCAAAGAGAAUUUGAUUUCUUUGACAAAGUUACAUCCAUAUCUGGUGUUCUGUUUCCACUUCCGAAGGAGGAAAGACGAGCUGGGAUUAGAAGGGAGUUGGAGAAAAUUGAAAUGGAUGGAGAUGACCUAUAUCUACCUACUGCUCCUACAAAACUUGUCAGGGGUAUUCAAGUUGAUAGUGGAAUUCCUCUACAAUCGGCAGCAAAAGUUCCUAUAAUGAUCACAUUCAAUGUAGUGGAUCGGUAUAGGGAUCCUAAAGAUAUAAAGCCCCAGGCUUGUAUAUUCAAGGUUGGAGAUGACUGCAGACAAGAUGUUUUAGCUCUGCAAGUUAUUUCACUUUUAAAGGACAUCUUUGAAGCUGUUGGGCUUAAUCUCUAUUUAUUUCCUUAUGGAGUACUGCCAACUGGUCCAGAGAGAGGCAUUAUUGAGAAUAUUCCACUUGAGACUUAUCUGAUCAGUUCUGCUUGGCAGGUGGUGCCCAAUUCACGAAGCAGGAGUCAGAUGGGUGAGACGACUGAUGGUGGUCUAUAUGAGAUUUUUCAGCAGGACUUUGGGCCUGUUGGUUCUCCGAGCUUCGAAGCUGCACGUGAGAAUUUCCUCAUUAGCAGUGCUGGAUAUGCAGUUGCUAGCCUCUUGCUUCAACCAAAGGAUAGACAUAACGGGAAUCUUUUGUUUGACAAUGUAGGCAGGCUUGUCCAUAUUGAUUUUGGUUUCAUUCUGGAAACUUCGCCUGGUAAUAAUAUGCGCUUUGAAAGUGCCCACUUCAAACUGAGUCAUGAAAUGACUCAAUUACUCGAUCCAUCUGGAGUAAUGAAAAGCGACACUUGGUACCAAUUCGUACGCUUGUGCGUGAAGGGUUACCUUGCUGCACGCCGUUAUAUGGAUGGAAUCAUAAACACAGUCUUGAUUAUGAUGGAUAGCGGUUUGCCUUGCUUCAGUCGAGGGGACCCAAUUGGUAAUCUCCGUAAGAGGUUCCAUCCAGAAAUGAGCGAUCGUGAGGCAGCUAAUUUCAUGAUCCGAAUUUGCAAUGAUGCCUAUAAUAAGUGGACCACUGCUGGUUACGAUCUGAUUCAGUAUUUGCAGCAGGGUAUCGAGAAAUGAGGCAAAAUGAUCAUUUUUUCUCUCUCUUUUUUUUUUUUCUUAAAUUUUUUAUCUUUGGUCUCUAGUAGUUUUCAUAUUAUGUGUAUCUUUUGUCU